AGACGUCAUCGGUGACGGGCGUGAACCGCCGCGAACGGUUGGAUUUUUGGUUGACGGGACGGCGCGCGCGGAAUUUCUUCUCCGGGAUUCCGGGAACGACGGGCGGACGGAUUAUCCGGAUUACGGUGCCGGAAGCUGGGACGGGGAGUGAGCGUUUGGACGUGACCUUGGAGUAACGCGAACGCUCGGGAGCGGGAAUUGUUGUGAUGCCGGACGUUCCGGGUUCGAUCCCCGCCGUGGUAGGGGGUUGAUUAAAGUUUAAAAUCCAAUUCCGAGUGGGAAGGUGCGAUUCCGAAGUGAGUUUGUGAUUUAUUGUCAGCGCUCGGUGCCGUGACAGUUCGUGAGUGAAAGGUUUUCGAUUUGGUUCUGCUCGCGUGGAAAAAAAAGAACAACUCUGCUGCCUGGUGGAAAGUCAACCGGAGUGAGAGUGCGAGAGGAAAAACAUAGAAGAGUGAGGUUAGGAAGGCGUGACGGGGUGGGGGGUCUUCCGAAGGGUUGGGGAAGAGUAGUAGGUACAAGUUUGCUCAGCCACAGCCGGAUGUGCCAGGACGUGGCAGAGUCCUUGACGUGAAGGAGUGAGCCUCCUCUUUUUUGCGCGCCUGGUAUCGGAAGAACAUCGGGAACGUCAAGGAAGUGGAGUCCGACGACGAAUGGAAAUGAAGAGAUAACGUCGCACGAUUCUCGGGAAGCCAUGGUUCGCCAAGUGGUGGCUCCAGAGAGGGAAGUGAGUGACAUCGGAAGGCAUUGAUAUUCAAAUCGAUGUGUCAUACCAGCCGGGGCAAUUUAUUACGAAAAUGGCGCAAUUUAUUGCGCUGAUAAAAGAGUAGAAAUUGGUACUUCUCAGUCUUCUUGCGAUUCCGCGAUGUCGGAUGCUGCCCUGAGCCGAAGCAGCUGAUUUGAUCCAAUGUCAACAAACUUCACUGUCAGUGAUUGUCAAUUGAAAAAUCGGCUCCUCUCGCGAAACGAUCCAACGAAAAGAUUUACCCAAGUGAUUUUCCGUAAAAUUAGAUACUAAAUAGCAUUUCAUCGUCUCUUGACAAAGGGAGAAACUCCAAAGUUUACCAACCCCUCCCCAAACAGAAAACCGCCCUCCUCCUAGUAUAUCUCCUCAGUAUCAGUGUCUGUUUGUGUGUGUGUGUGUCACUCUGAGUGUGUCGGUAAAUUGUAAGUGUGUGUCUAAUACAUAAUAGCCUAUCCUCGUCGUCGUCGUCGUCGUUUUCAUCGUUUUGUGGUGCGCUGUCUCGCGCCCAAGUAAACACGAAACCAAGAAGAAAAAGUCAACACAAUUUCGGCGGAAAUUUCGAGGUUCGUGGUCUAAGCUAAACAAAAAGUGAGUCGCGCUCUGAAAAAAAAAUAUUAUCAUAAAAAGCGCGUGUCAUUUGUGGUGUGCAGAAAAUUCCACCGCAAAAUUUGGCACAACAACAACAGCAGAAAAAAAAAUGUCGAGGAAAAUCGCGUCCGGGCGCACAAUCAUGGAAUUAACUAGGAAAGUCGUCGUCCUGCUGGCCGUGCUCGGUGGAACCGCGGCCACCUCCAACCCGCCGAUGCCCACGGAAAAGUUUCCACUAGGGGCCAUCUUCGAGCAGGGCACUGACGAGAUCCAGUCGGCGUUCAAAUUCGCCAUGCUGAACCACAACCUGAACGUGUCCUCACGCCGGUUCGAGCUGCAGGCCUACGUGGACGUCAUCAACACGGCCGACGCGUUCAAGCUGUCACGGCUAAUCUGUAAUCAAUUUUCGCGCGGCGUGUUCGCGAUGCUCGGCGCCGUCUCGCCGGACUCGUUCGACACGCUGCACUCGUACAGCAACACGUUCCAGAUGCCGUUCGUCACGCCCUGGUUCCCGGAGAAGGUCCUGCAGCCGUCGUCCGGGGCGCUCGACUUUGCCAUCAGCAUGCGGCCGGACUACUACCAGGCCAUCAUCGACACGGUGCGCUACUACGGCUGGGACCGGAUCAUCUACAUGUACGACUCGCACGACGGCCUCCUGCGGCUCCAGCAGAUCUACCAGGGCCUGCGGCCCGGCAACGAGACAUUCCACGUGGAGACGGUCAAGCGGAUCUCGAACGUCAGCGACGCGAUCGAGUUUCUGCGCACGAUCGAGGAGCUGAACCGGUGGUCCCGCAAACACAUCGUGCUCGACUGCAGCACCGAGCUGGCUAAGGACAUCGUGGUGAGCCACGUGCGGGACAUCACGCUGGGCAAGCGCACCUAUCACUACCUGCUGAGUGGGCUGGUAAUGGACGACCGCUGGGAGAGCGAAGUGAUCGAGUACGGGGCAAUCAACAUCACCGGCUUUCGGAUAGUGGACACGAGCAAAAAGUACGUCAAGGAGUUCUUGGACAGCUGGAAGCGGCUGGACCCGGCCACGUCCCAGGGCGCCGGCAAGGAGCUCAUUUCGGCGCAGGCCGCCCUCAUGUACGACGCCGUGUUCGUGCUGGUCGAGGCGUUCUCGAAGAUUGUGCGCAAAAAGCCGGACCAGUUCCGGGCGUACACGUCCCGCAGCCGGGGCCAGCAAGCGUUCAGCCUGCCGGCGAACGGGACGCGCACCAUGGACUGCAACAUGUCCAAGGGCUGGGUCACGCCGUGGGAGCACGGCGAUAAAAUCUCGCGAUAUCUGCGAAAGGUGGAAAUCUCCGGCCUGACCGGGGACAUAAGAUUUAAUGAAGACGGCAAACGGCAAAACUACACCCUGCACGUGGUCGAGAUGACCGUCAACAGCGCGAUGGUGAAGGUGGCUGAGUGGAGCGACGAGGCCGGCCUGACGCCGGUGAUGGCCAAGUACACCCGGCUCAAGACGGACAUGAACUACGAGCGCAACAAGACCUACAUCGUGACGACCAUCAUCGAGGAGCCGUACAUUAUGCUGCGCCAGCCGGAACCGGGCGAGACGCUCGAGGGGAACGACCGCUUCGAGGGCUACUGCAAGGAUCUGGCUGACCUGGUGGCGAAAAAGCUCGGCAUCAACUACGAGCUGCGCAUCGUCAAGGAUGGCCAGUACGGCGCCGAGAAUCCGGACGUGAAGGGCGGCUGGGACGGGAUGGUCGGCGAGCUGGUCCGGAAGGAGGCGGACAUUGCCAUCGCGUCGAUGACAAUUACCUCGGAACGGGAACGCGUCAUCGACUUCAGCAAGCCGUUCAUGUCCCUCGGGAUCUCGAUCAUGAUCAAGCGCCCGGUCAAGCAGAAGCCCGGCGUGUUCAGCUUUCUCAACCCGCUGUCGAAGGAGAUUUGGAUCUGCGUUCUGUUCAGCUUCGUCGGCGUCAGCGUCGUCCUGUACAUCGUGUCCCGAUUCUCCCCGUUCGAGUGGCGGCUGGUUAAUUAUAACGACAAAGGCAAACCGUUUGGGCUACUUGCAGGCGAACAGCCGGACGCGGUCCCCCAGGCCACGGUCAACGAGUUCAGCAUCCUGAACUCGUUCUGGUUCGCGCUCGGUGCGUUCAUGCAGCAGGGCUGUGACAUCUCGCCGCGGUCCAUCUCGGGCCGGAUCGUCGGCAGCGUCUGGUGGUUCUUCACGCUUAUCCUCAUCUCGUCCUACACGGCCAACCUGGCGGCCUUCCUGACCGUCGAGCGCAUGGUCACGCCCAUCAACUCGCCCGAAGAUCUGGCCGCCCAAACCGAGGUCCAGUACGGCACGCUCAUCCACGGCUCCACGUGGGACUUCUUCCGGAAAUCGCAAAUCACGCUGUACAGCCGCAUGUGGGAGUACAUGAACUCGCGGAAGCACGUGUUCGUCAAAACGUACGACGAGGGCAUCCGGCGGGUGCGGACGUCCAAGGGCAAGUACGCCCUGCUCAUCGAGUCGCCGAAGAACGACUACACCAACGAGCGGGAACCGUGCGACACGAUGAAAGUGGGCCGCAACCUGGACGCCAAAGGGUUCGGCAUUGCCACACCCCUCGGGUCGCCGCUGAGGGACCCCAUCAACCUGGCCGUGCUCUCGCUGAAGGAAAACGGCAACCUGGACAUUCUGGUGAACAAGUGGUGGUACGACCGGACCGAGUGCAAACACACCGACAAGCAGGACGCGUCCCGGAACGAGCUCUCGCUGAGCAACGUGGCCGGAAUCUUCUACAUCCUGAUCGCGGGCCUGCUGGUGGCGCUGGCCGUGGCCCUGGUGGAGUUCUGCAUGAAGAGUUCCAACAGGGCCUCGAACCGGAUUCCGCUGUCGGACACGAUGGGCUCCAACUCCAACUCCAAGAACCGGCUGACGAUGCCGCCGACUACGAGGGACUACGACAACGGCCGGAUCGGGUACUACACGCCGUCGACGCACUCCGAGCCCGAUCCGAUCCACGCCAACUCGCACACGCAGGUUUGAUGUAAGGAGCCGCCGGAACUGCGCCUGUGACGGCCACCGUACGCCCCCACCAUUCGACAGAUCGUGGCCAACAGUCAGCAUGACACGUCCACACUGUUGAAGCAGAGGGCGGCAGUGGCCGGCGCCGGCGGUGGAGUCCCCGGCAGCAUCAUCGGUCCCGGCGGGGUCGGCCUGGUGCACGAAAAUUCCGGCCUCUAGAGAGAGGGGCGGCUCCGCUCUACAUCCUGAACCCUUAAGCAGACAAACAUCCAGAACUUCAACGCAAAACAUCAUCCUACCAACCCAGUUUGAAGGUGAUCGCAAUCUGCGGAGUGAAUGAAGAAGAUUGAUACGAUUCGAAAAAGAAGAAGAAGAAGAAGCAGAAAACUAGGAUUUAAUUGUAAGCAAAAUGUGUAAAUAGUUUAGUUUUUGUUAUGAAAUGUAAUAUUAAAUAAGCGCUAGGUAAUCAAAUAAUAAAAACAAAAUCUAAUCAAAUUUCGUGAUUCUGCCAAUGUUGGACAUACUCGGAAUCAAAAAAUUUAAAUGAACUGACGAUUAAGAAAUUGAAAAUUGCUCUCUGUUAUUAUUGUUCGUUGAAAUGGAACUAAAUAUUUCAAGCGAACGCAAAGGAAUUUGAAGUAAGCAAAACAAAAAAACAACACGAAUCGCAAUGACACAUAAAAUCAACCACUGUAAAAUCAAAGAAAACAAUAGUUUUACCCUUAAUCAGUCAUAAAUAGUAAAACCAACUAAGAAAAAAAACACA